CUCGGCGUAGAAUCAUUGAAUUGCCCUAUACAAUGUCUGGCACCGACUACAUCAUCAUCGGCGGCGGUCUUGCCGGCUGCGCACUCGCCGGUCGAUUGUACGAGAAGGACAGCUCUCUUCAGAUCCUCAUCAUCGAAGCGGGUUCGAAUGUGGUCGAUCAUCCGCUCACGAGCUCCCCUCUCGCUUGCUUCGGGGCCCAUUAUUCUCCACUAGAUUGGGCGUAUACCACCGUCCCUCAGACUAAUCUCGAUGGACGCCAAUGCUAUAACAGCGCCGGGAAAGCGCUGGGGGGCAGCUCCGCGACAAACUACGGGACAUGGACACGUGGUAAUGCGGUCGACUAUGACCUCUGGGCUAAGAUAGUGGGCGACGAGAGCUGGAGUUAUGAAGGGCUUCUGCCAUACUUUAAGAAAACUGAGACGCACUUCAACCCAAAUGUCGAUCGAAGUGUUCAUGGCGUUAAUGGUCCGAUUCAUAAUGCCUCUGUCUCGUCUAGCAGUUCUGAGCGCAAUUAUCCGUUGAAAGAACCGGUGAAGAAUGCCUGGGCCAGAUUGGGAGUAAAUCAUAUCAAGGACGGAAAUGCAGGAUCGCCGAUGGGCUUAACUGAAUUGGUGGAGAAUUGGCGGGGAGGGCAACGUCAACUGUCCAGCGAGGCUUAUGGCAUCUCUUCCAAGCCUGGAAUUUCGGUUCUUACAGAGACGAUGGUGGGGCGUGUUCUUGUCGAAGAGCGUGAUGGCAAAAUAGUAGCCACCGGAGUGGAGGUGGCAGACGGCCAGAAAUUCUUCGCCUCGAAAGAAGUCAUUGUUUCAGCUGGGGCGUAUCGUACGCCUCAGAUCUUGAUGCUCUCCGGUAUUGGACCGGCUGAAGAGCUCGCCAAACAUGAUAUCCCGCUGGUCUUGGAUUCUCCUCAGGUCGGCCGCAACUUGCACGAUCACUUUUCCUUCAAUCAGUGGUGGAAGCUUCGGCACCCAGAAGCUGGUUUAUCGAUCGGUACUCCGUUAUGGAAUAGCCCAGCAUAUGGACUUGGACUUCCCUGUGAUUGGAAUGUCACGAUCCAAACACCACACAAUGAGCUGGUUCAAGCACUGAAGGCGGACGGCCAGACAACGGAUCUCGAGAGCCAUCCGUAUCUGGCUCCGGACUUCUGCCACUCAGAAACCAUCGUGGUGUAUGCUCCCGCCGGGGCAAUGAUUGCCGGCGUUGACAUCCCCAUGGAUGGCACACACAUUGCCACCGCGGUGCUGGGGAUGGUUCCGACUUCUCGGGGCCACAUCACGCUGGCGUCUAACGAUCCAAUGACCCCACCCCUUAUUGACCCGAACUACUACGCCACCGAAGUCGAUCGUGCUGUGCUUCGAGCUGGUAUCCGACAAGUCACGAGACUUCUUACCGACACGCCUGAGGGGAAGGAAAUUGUUGAAUGUGAAGUUCCACGUCCUGGGUGUGAACCUUUCCGGGCCGAUUCCACAGACGAGGAGAUCGAUUCUGUAGUGAAACGUGGAGGCAACACUUUCUAUCAUCCAGCAGGGUCAGCAGCGAUGGGCAAGGUCGUGGAUACAAACCUACGGGUGAAGGGCGUCGAGAGACUGAGGGUAGUGGAUGCCAGUGUUUUGCCUUUGUCUGUGACUGGUCACUAUCAGGCAGUCGUGUAUGCCAUUGCUGAGAAGGCGGCGGACCUUAUAUCAGCUAGGUAGUCAUGUUCAUUAGUUCUUUUUCAUUCGUCGAAUAUGUCGAAUUGAUUUGUUUUUCUCACGACUUCCUGGAGAUCUUAGGUGGUCAGGUGAUAUCCCAAAUAGGCCAGUUCUGAUGCCUGUUCGCAGCCUCAGGCUUCAAGGCUGGAAACCAUCAAACAUCGCGUUUUUGAGUGAUUUCUGGCGUGUAGAUACAAAAAGAAAGAAUAAAUACAUGGCUGUCAGACCGCAUGUCUGUGGCUUGUUGAUUGACUUUUAGCUCUGCCAGAAGGAAGUCAGCAGAGCCCUCGUGGCAUUCACUGCCCUAUACCGAUAUCCUUUCUUCUUUCUGUUCCCCUGUCUCUCGGCGCUAUAUUC